AUGAACAACAACAACAAUAAAAAUAACAAUAGCGACAGUGAUUCAAAACCCAUUAAAAAUAAUAAGAAUAAUAACCAAACGAAAUUAGUAUAUAAGAACGCUGAUGUGGCUGGCUUCCAUCAAAGACGAUCGGGAAGUCCAACUGCAGAGGGAAGAACACAUCUGGAAAAACAGAACUUAUCAGGAGAAGACAUCUCAAGAGUAGAACGAUCGUCGACAGAACUCGAAGUUGCUGUCAGUAAUCUUUGCUCCACCGGUUCAGUUAACAUUGAAGUGGCUGAACGUAGUAAACUUUAUUUUUACCGGUGA